AUGGAAGGAGACAGAAAGAAGAGGAAGAUGAAUUACGAAGAAGAGGAUGAAGAGGAAAAGAUUGAGAAGUUCUUUGCUCUGAUUAAGAGUACAAGGCAGGUGUGUGAGAUGCUCAGGGGCAGCUCGAACUGGCCAUUGGAGAAGAAAUAUCAGAAUAAGAAGGAAGAGGAUCGAGAGAAGAGAAUCGGCGGUGCUUGGAACCCGGCAUUUCAACCAGAAGACUUCCUUGAUCAAGAUGAUAAAGCCACUAGUGAUGGUCAUGGUGCAGGUCCUUCGAAGAAUCAAGAAGAAGACAAAAAGGAAGAAGAUAAAGGAGGUGAUGGUUUAGACCUGAAGCUUUCUCUGUAG